AGUGUAGUCGUGAAAUGUAAGUAAAAAAGAAAUUAAAUAUACUUACAUUAAUAAAAUAAAAUGGCUUCUCCGAGAAGUGAGGCAUACGAAGAUCCAUUUAGAAAACAAUCAAAUGUAUCGAGAACAGUGAGUAUAGCAACAGAAGAAGUUGGUAGUAAAAAACAAAGAACAGUGGAAGAACCUGAAAUCGAAUGGAGUGAUCUAAUUUUUCUCCCAUUUCAUCCGGUGUUUAAGUUGUUCGUGCUCGCGGCUGUACUUAUCAAAGUAAUGCUGGGCCCUAUACAAGCGGUAUACCCAAUAGUUUAUUGUAACGAUGUUAUGGAUUACCAUCCGGUUUUGAUCGGUAUCAAGUAUUGCUAUUGGUAUUUUUGUGAUUCGAUUUAUGGUAUCGAUACUUUUCUUCAUAUAGUACACAGGCAAGUAGUGGAUAAGGCGAUGAGACGCGGGCAUUUACCAAAAUCGGCAUUUUUGUUGUUGAUUGAUAUUUUCUCUCUGCUUCCGUUGUUUCGUUUGGCUGUAAAUAAUCCCUGCCCACCAGCUCAAGUGUGGCCAAAUAUUUUAGCAUUCAAUGAAUUUUUAGUUAUUUACAGAAUAACAGACUAUUUUGCAUUACGAUCUACUCAUUCCUACCUAAAGCUUUUGGUAGGUGGUUCACUCGUGAUGGUCAUGUGUAUCAACUGCAUGGCAUGCUUCUUUUUACUGGUUACAUACCAAGGUUUUUGUGAACGUUGUAAUGACAAAGGCGUUUAUUUUGAUUGGAGAGCAUACAUAUCACACAAAUUUAAUGAAACAGAUGAGGGAUAUGCAACAUUCAUUUAUGGAGUAGUAUUUAUAUAUUCCUAUUUUAUUAAUAUGUACAUCGACGAUAUAAUGCCAUCUACGAUUUUGGAGCAUAUAGUGGUGUGCUUAUUAAUGGUGUUGAGCUACGUAGUAGGACAUUUCAUAUUAGUUCCUAAAUCCUUUGCUGAAUCUACGUUUAGGUUUCGCGAGAUUUUCUCAUUGUAUUCAAGAGUGAAAAAAAUUAUUGAUGAGACUAAAAGAAGAAAUCCGAAUGAUGACUCAGCGAAAAUAGUUAAAGAAUAUUAUAAAUUGAUGUAUGAAAAACAGAGUUGUAUAGCAAAAGUACCAAAGUUUUAUACAGGGCUACCUAGAUAUUUGAAACUUGAAAUUAUGCAGGAUUUACUAUGGCCAUUAUUUUAUCAUAGUCCUACUUUGAGGAAAACAAGCUAUCCCUUUCGACGUCUGAUAAGUAACCUUGCAGUUAUGAGUUUGAAGUUACCGGGCGAGAAAUUUUUUACAGGGUUAAAUAAUACUGGUUCUUUGUAUUAUCUCAAAUCCGGGAUACUCCAACUCAUUUCACUAGAUGAUGGAGUAACACCGAUUCUCUCUGUUACUGCUGGGACAAUAUUUGGAGACAUAAGCUUUUUGGUGCCUCAUAUAAAAAGGAAGGUAAUAGUUCGCUGCGUCACAUAUUGUGAAUUCUACUAUGUCAAGCGAGUGGAUAUAAUAGAAGCUUUACACAAAUAUCCAGAAGACCGAAAAGCUAUCUUGAAUGAUGCCCGGGACAGAUUGUCUCACGCAAAAGUAUUAUUUGCGAACAAAAAAAAUAUUAGAGGUCUUGAUAGAAAUGAAGAUGAAGGAAUCAGUUGGAUUAAGAAGCGAUGGUGGGAAAUAUCCAACUUCUUUGAAAGUAACAACCCAGAUGAACUUAAGGAAAACUUAAAGGGACAUUGUUCACAUGAUGAAACAAUUUAUCACUGUCCUAAAUAUAUAGGACAACUUGUUCUAUGUAAUAAAGCUGAAUUACAAACAAAUUCGAUGUUCACUAGAUUCAAAUUCCCAUGGAUACUUAAUGUUCGUUCCCAGUUCGGUCGUAUAUGGUACCGAAUUCUCUCUGCCACCGUACUUCUUGUAUUGUUCUUGUAUCCAAUAUACUUAGUAAAAGCCCAUGUACCGCCAUGGUUUGCGUUUUUCACAUUUUGUGUAGAGACUAUUUAUAUCAUUGAUAUAGGUGUGUCUCUCAUGACUGCAGUGAAGAAACAAAACUCUCUGACGAAUACAUUUUCCGCAGUUGUUUUUGAACGUUUUAAGAGCAUCACUUUUUUUCUUGACAUACUAUCCACAAUUUGGAUUGAAGAUAUAGCGAAAAUUUGCGGAGCCCCGCCCGAACUUUAUUUAACUCUUCAAUUUAAUAGAGUCAUUAAAGUUUACGUACUUUUUUAUGGAGAAUAUUUAAAAUUUGAGGUUCAUCAUGAUCCUAUGAUUGACAUUUUUCGUAUAAUGGUAUUGGCUCAAAUCGCCUUUCAUAUUGUUACUAGCCACGUUGUAUUUGAGAUGCUCUAUUAUUUUCCGAAGCUAUCUCCUACUUAUUUUUUUGGAAAAAGAAUAUGCUCCAAGGCCUAUGUUUCAAACUGCACUGAACCAGAUAUUCUUGGAGUUACUAUCCCAUGGUUGUUUGAAUGGAGCUAUGCCAAAAACCCUGCUUCAAAUCUGGCUGAUGUAUACGUGUCUGCAUUACUGAGUUUUUUGGUCUUUAUUUUGUAUUUGUUUUGUAAAGGAAGAUAUCUCUCCUAUUUAUAUUUGCAUAACAUAAAAAUAACAAGGUACCAGAGAUUUGUUAUACGAAUUAAGAAGUAUUACGAACACUAUAGAAUACAUCAAGAUUUACUUAAGAGACUGGAUAGGUAUCUCACAUGUUAUUGGAAAUACUAUAAAGGUAUAGACGUAUUGGAAAGUAAUAAAUUAGAAAACGAUGCAAGAGCAAUAUACUGGAAAGCUCAAGGAAAUAUGUCUAAAUCAAUCAUAAGCCAAUCCAAACCGUUCCUUCAUGCGGAUCCUCACCUUAUAGCGGACUUAAGUAGAGCAACGCAUUAUUUAAUUUUUCCCAAAAAUUCUAACAUAUAUAUGUUCGGAGUUCAAAGCAAAAAUGUCGCUUGGGUGUCUCAGGGUUACGCAAAAUCCGAGUUUUGUGAUGAACAGGGAGAGUUGGUUACGGAAUACUAUGGACCCGGUUCUUUGCUAUCUUUAUUUGAAAUUUUCCUUGGGGAAGUAUCACUUCGAUCUUUUAUGGCAUAUACUGAUUGCGAAUUAAUUUAUAUACCAGUUAAAGAAUUCUUCAAUAUUUACAAAAUGCAUCCAAAGGAACAUACGUAUGUACAAAAUUGUGUACAAGAGUUUGGAAGUAGAUACAACGACAUUUUUCAGGAUCAUGUCCUGAAACAUAGAGAUUAUCAACACAAGCUCAGGGAUAGGAUUCACAAUAUAAGAUCGUCUAGGUCUUCAAAUGCUAAAAUGAUUGCUGACUUUUACGACACUCGAUCGUUACCUGUUCAAGGCUUCUUCUGGGGAGAUCCAGAAUCAAGAUUCAUGCAGUUGUGGAUGUUGUUCCGAGUUAUAAUUGUGUGUAUAUCCAUAAUUAGUGCAGCAAUGCUAGGUGGCGUGGGAGCAGUGUCACGAUGGAUUUUUAUGAUGAUCAGUGCGUUCUGUGAUUGUAUUGCGUUCAUUGAUAUCGUCAUCAAGUUGUGUUUACCCUAUUACAACAGUCGAGGAAUUUACGUUACGGAUAAGUCAUUAUGCUUGAGAAAUUACCUGGCAAAAGGAUUUUUAUUAGACAUCAUUGGCGUUGUUCCUUGGUUUAGUGUACUUCGCGCUCUUAUAUCACAUGAAAUAAGCGACGAUAGCACAUUUCUUAUAAAUACAGUUUGCAAGUUUGCCCAUAUAUACAUAAUUUUUGCAUAUUUUGAUUACAUUACGGAUGUACCGACUGUGAACUUAACUUACAUCAUGGUAUUUAAAUGGCAGAUUGUAAACGUGCUAAUCGUUUUGGCAUCUAGCCAUUUCUUAAUGGUUAAUUGUGUUAAUUUUAAAUUUAACGCGAGGAAGGACUUAGUUAGUGUGCUGCUUAGGAAUGAAUGCUGGAUGCCAACGUUAUAUCAUUUACCUAAAAAGUUGGAUGGCCACCAACUGCAUCUGAUAUUUGCCCAAAGUUUAAAUCUUGCAGGGAGUGGUAUGUUAGGGAUGAAUUUCGGUAGAUUUAUUAUCGAUCGUAUAAAUUUAGGUGUAGGCUUUUUUCUAUUUGCCCUUGGUUUUAUCUUUUGGUUUAUAUCUUGUUAUACAUUAGCGCUAUUGAUGUUAAACUUUCGUGGAGAUACAAGGUUUCAGAAUUCGGUACACCAACUUCUAACUUUUCUUACGUCUGAGAGAGUAGAAAAUACUAUUAUUGAGAGAGUAGCGGAGCAUUUCCGAUAUUGUUGGAUUAGAACCAAGGGAAUAAACUUACAGCAAUUGACUAAUGAACGUAUUGGUGCUGUGUUUAGACAGGAUUUAAGUUAUUAUUUCUACAAAAAAACUUUUAUGAGCCUGGAUUCAAUAAUUGGUGGUGGAGAGACAAUACAAAGACAGUUGGCCAGCGCCAGUGAUGUUGCUUACUAUUUGCCCAAUCAUGACAUAUUUAGAGAAAUGGACAUUUGUCGUCACAUAUGCAUUGUACAUCGGGGAAGGGUCAAUAUUUUCAAAAAUGGCAAGAAAAUGAUUAUUCUAACUAAGGGUGAUAUAUUUGGUCAACUGGAAGGUGUGAAAUUACGCCCAGUUGGUGUGACGGCUGUAGCCGAUGACCAUGUGGAUUUGCUACUGAUUGAAAUAUCGGCCUUCCAGGAUAUCAUCACUGAUGAGAUGAGAUAUACAAUCAGUAAAAGUAGACAAGCCAAGAAUCAUUUUAUGGCAACCAAAAAUGUUUACAUUGAAAAUCCUUACGACUCCAUUACAUACCAUCUACGUGGACGUAAAAUUAUAAUUUUACCGAGACAUGAUGUGCUCAUAGAAGCUGUUGAUGGAUCAUGGUAUUCUCGCUGGCUAUAUUUAGCAUGGUUAAUUAGUCCAUUUUUCGCGAGUUUUGUGGUCAUUGUAUGCGCAGCUCUUCCUUCGGGUACGCAAUUAUCGCCAGGAUUACUUGCGUUGCUCUGUGUCACGGAUCUUAUAGGUUGGGUUAACUUUGUAGCUGAGUUUUAUACGGUUGAACUUAUAGUAGCUAGGAAUAAAUUGGCUUACCGUCGUUUUCGUAUGAGGAAAUUCAGCCAUUGGACUUUAUAUUUAGAUGGUUUAUCUUUACUGUUACCUCUGGUUACAUUAUUUACUGGACGCUGGACUUAUCAACUGGCAAGACUGCUGAGAUUGAAAUUCUUUUGGGACUUUGAUACUCAUUUUUGCCGAGGCUUUACGAACCAAAAAGCCCCCUACGUUUUGAAAUUCACAAUUCUAUUGUUACUACUGCACUUUUUUACAACUGGAUGGAUUUUAUUUGGAUGUCAGCGUGAAGCACAAUUUCCAACUGACAUCGCAGAUAUAAGUCAUUUGAAUACAACUGUUGACUUUACAGAGUGGGCUCCGGUUUAUACCAGAAAAGAUGGUUGUGCUAGAACUACAAGAACUUUUACUGAUAAUUACGGUAAAGAAAAUCCUUCUUUCGUAGUGCCUACUUAUUGGCUUCACGAUUAUGUGGUUGCCUUAACAUAUAUUUUAAUUAUCCAUACCCAAACCAGCAUGGAUACAGUAAUAGCAUUAUCCCUUAAGCAACUAUAUUAUAAAAUAUUUGUGACCUUCUUCAUGUAUUUGCUGAAUAUUUGGAUAAUGGCUUUGGCAAUCCAUUAUGCGUUUAAAAAUUUCCGCCUAUUGUAUAAUUACGACUACGGUGUUCAACGGAUGUUGGAGUAUCUAGCUCACAAUGGAAUUCAUCAAGCUAUUCUUGACAUAGUAAAAGAGUACACAGAUCAAUUGUGGACGAGAGAGAAAGGCGACUGGCUCCCCGAAUUAGUAUAUGAUGCGCCCCCAUGUUUACGAAAUGAUAUCUUCUGUUCAUUGUACAUACAUCAUUUGGAAUCUGCUCCUACCUUCCGCCAACUGCCUGACUACUUUAAAAGACAGUUAUGUGCAAGAUUUGUGAGAAUAGUUAUAUUUCCAGGCAAAUGCAUUGUACGACAGGGUGACACCUUUAAUACGACGUACUUCAUUCACCAGGGUGAAGUAGAAAAGUGGAUGACCGAUGCUAAUGGUGAAGGGAAAUUGAUUUCUAUAUUGUAUACGAAUAGUUAUUUUGGACGCAUUACUGGAUUAUAUCCUAGUGCUGGCUUUCGGUCCUCGUACUACACACGGACGGUUGUGGACCUCGUCUACUUGAGUCUAGCAAAUUGGGAAGACCUAUUGGAGUGCUACCCAGAAGUCAAGAGCCUCAUUUAUAGUACCUCCAAGCCAAAGAACACAGACUUUCUCAAAAACCUGUACGUGUUUGCCGCUUUUUUCAUUUGUAGGAUUUUUUUCUAA